GCGGCGGCAAACAGCUUUUCCAACUUCUCCAUCUGUGAAACAUCAUACAAGAAUAUUGGCGACUUCGAUAUUUCCGUUGCCAUAUUGAUACCUAACACCAUGAAGCCGGGAAGGCAUCCGCUGCACGUCAAAUGGCAUGGCGGCGGCUUGAUAUCGAGUGAUGCGCUAUUGCAGGACUGGUUCUCCAACUACUUUGACCCUUUCACAGAUUGUACAUCCUUCAUAGUUCUACCAAACUAUCGCUGUAUCUCAGAACUCUCAGGUGCCGAAACCCAUGAGGACAUCAGGGACUUCUGGACGUGGGCCAAUCGAGAUCUUGCAAGGGUUUUACAAAAUGCGGCGCCUCCUAUAGAGAUGGAUAUCGAUCAGUUAUUGGUUAGCGACGACAGCCCAGGGGGUUUGCACGCGUUAUACCUGGUGUUCGAUUUGCCUGAGGGUCGCAUCAAGGCACUGCUGUCGUUCUACUCAAUGGUCAAGAAGUGGUGCAAGAGCGAGGAAUUAAUGAGAGAAUGGAGCCGGCCUACGCCUGAUGAGGAGAUGAUUGACAAGUAUCUUGUGCAAGUGCCCGAGCGCUGUGUUGUGUCCACUGUCUAGCGACAGGUGUCUCGCGAGAGAAGAGCUCGCUGACGCUUCCCCGGCGAAUGAGCAUCGUUGGGAUCUGGCGCUUAGCACAGACAGGGGACUGCAUCCGUUCGAGAGACUGAGUGAGAAGAGGGUUUUCCCACUAACUCUGAUCUUGCAUGGACAUGCUGAUCAGAGCGUCAGCCUCAAAGAUUGCGAGGACU